ACUAGUUUUGCGGAAGUUGUAUUGCUGUCUCAAGUUAGCUAGACCAUCUCAACUUUUCAGGCACGCAAACAUGGCCAAUGCUUGCAUGGACGCGUUUAUCCUGAAGCUGCAAGAUGUGAACGCGGUCAAGUUUGGCGAGUAUAAGCUGAAGAGUGGCUUGAUUACGCCUAUUUAUAUCGACCUGAGAGUGCUCGUGUCCCACCCGGCUCUCUUAAACCAGGUGUCAAAGCUCAUGUACCAGAGAGCUCAAGAUGAGAAACUCCAGUUUGAUUCGAUAUGCGGGGUCCCCUACACGGCCUUGCCAAUGGCCACCAUUAUCUGCUCCACGCAUGAGCUGCCCAUGCUCAUCAGGCGCAAGGAGGCCAAGGACUAUGGAACCAAGCGGAUGGUGGAGGGCUCAUUUAAAGAGGGCGAUACCUGCCUCAUCAUUGAAGACACGGUGACCAGUGGCAGUAGCAUCUUGGAAACGGCUGAAGUGCUGCACAAAGAAGGGCUGAAGGUGACAGAUGCCAUCGUGCUGAUGGACCGCGAGCAAGGCGCGGUGGACAUGCUAGCGUCCAAGGGCAUCCGGCUCCACCCCAUCAUCUCCAUGUUGAAGCUGCUCGACGUGCUCAAAGCCGCCGAACGCAUCGACGCGCGCACGGCCCAGAGCGUACGCAAGUUCAUCUUGGACAAUAACACCUUCAAAUGCAAGGAGGAGAAUGGAAAUGAUUACCUGGCCUCAAAGAAGCAGCGUGUGGAGCAGAACUUGGAGCUGAGCUAUGAAGCCAGAGCCAAACUUCCAAACGUUCACCCUCUGGCGUCGAAGCUUCUGACCAUCAUGGCGGAGAAGCGAUCCAACCUUUGCGUGUCUGCGGAUGUCACGAGUGGUGAGGAGCUGCUCCAGAUUGCGGACACUCUGGGUCCCAAGAUCUGCUUACUGAAGACCCACGUGGAUAUCUUGAAGGACUACACCGAGACUUUCACCCAGAAGCUGCAGGCCGUUGCCGACAAGCGCAACUUCCUCGUCUUCGAAGAUCGCAAAUUCGCCGAUAUCGGGAAUACGGUCAAGCAUCAAUAUGAAGGUGGCUUGUAUCGGAUCUCGUCGUGGUCCCACAUAGUGAACGCUCACACGGUGCCGGGAUCGGGCGUGGUGAGCGGCCUGGCCUCUGUGGGACGGCCUCUGGGCCGAGGAUGUCUUCUCAUCGCGCAGAUGAGCUCGCGGGGCUCCCUGGCCACUGGCGACUACACCGAAGCCACGGUGAAAAUGGCCGAGGAGCAUUCCGACUUUGUCAUCGGCUUCAUCUGCGGUUCCAAGCUCACAAAGCGGCCCGAGUUCAUCCACAUGAGCCCUGGCGUGCGGAUGCAGGCUGGAGGAGACUUCUUGGGCCAACAGUACACCACGCCAGAGGAGGUGAUAUACAACAAGAGCUCUGAUGUCAUCAUCGUUGGACGCGGGAUCCUGGAGGCCCCUGAUAGGCUGCACGCCGCCGAGGCUUACAGGAAGUCGGGCUGGGAGGCGUACACGCGCAGGACGGGGACCGAUCACCAAUAGGAGCUCAACGCAAAGGAGAUUUUUUUUUGUCAAGCCAAAGUUUAAAAUAGAGAUACCCGCUUCCUACAUUCAACAUUUUAUAUCUGAUCUCUUUGUUUUGCGUGCUCUGACACUGCCGGAACUUUUUUGGACCGUGCUGCACUUUUUGUUUAUUCCUUUGCUUUUUCAGUAGUUUCAUCCAUUCUGCUGGUCUUGCUUACUGGAUGUACGGACUAGUUGACAGUCUUCGGAACGAACACUAUCGAUCUGCACAAAUAAUGUCUUUGUUUAAUCAUAAUUCAUGUGAGUUGUGUAUUUGGAGUGUCAGUUAUGUUUUGUUUUUUAAACCAGCUACAUUCAUUGCCGGUCCAAAUAUAAAUUCUAUUCGUAUAAAAUGUUGUUUGAGUCUCAUUUGUUUUUCACAACCAUGAAUAAGUUGAUUAAAAUAGUGACGCU